AUGGUGGGCUCCAUGGGCCGGAGUGGGAAACAGCCCUCGGCCCAGGCCCUGCCCACGCCCGGAGAGGCGCUGAGUCUGGGAAAUCGGAGGCGGCCUGCUCGCCCCCCGGGGGGGCCGCCGGGACUCACUGACUCACGCGUGCGUGGCGGGGCCUUCCGGGAGUCUCCGUGGCCGCCCCUGCUGGCCUGGCGGGCGCCGCCGGGGGUGAUUGGUCUCCUGAGGCAGGUGCUCCCGCCCCCGGCCGCCCGGGCUGCCCGGCCGGCCACUUGGGGUCAGGGCGGAGGCAGCAAGGCCGGCCAGGACCCCGCUGGUCAGGCGCCUGGGCCGGAGGAAGCGGUGCGUGGCGGACGGCAAGAUGAAGGGCUUCGGAGCCGCCCGGACGUGGCCGGGGCCGGCUCCCGAGCGGCCGCGUUAGGCUCCCCCGAGUGGAUGCCGAAGCGGCCGCGGGGCUCGGCGGAGGCUGCAGGUGCCAGCAUUCCCGGGGGACGGCUCUGUGCAGACGGCGCGGAGUCGCUGUCCGGCAUCCGGCCGUCGUGUCCGGGGCAGGGCGGCGCCUGGUGGCUGGGCUGCAGGACUCAGUGGCCCCGCGGGGUCGGGACCCCUGGCCCGGAGGCCUCAGUGAGGCCCGGUGGACUCAGGAGCCGGCCCUGGUCAGAGCAAGCCGCGUCCUGCGUGUGGUCCCGCCGUGUCCAAGGGCCAUCGGCUCUGGGCCGGCCUUCUGAGCCGACCCCUGGGCCGCCCACCAAUGCCGGGCCCGGGGAGCGCGUCAGUGGCCGCCUGGCCCGCCGGGCGCUUGGGGGCUUCCGCCGCCGCCUUCACUUCACAGACGACCGAGCCAGGCCCCGGCUGGGUGACCAGCAGGCCCGGAGUCCGGGGCCAGAGCGCUGGGCACAGGGAGGCUCCCGGGAGGCGCGGGCAGUGCCGGCCCUGCCCCGAGACGCCCGCCCGCCCCCUCCUGCCAGGGUGGGUCUGGACUGGCUUUGUGGCUCUCGCCAGUGCCGCAGCUUUAUCGCGCUCCGAGGGCUUAAGUUUCAGCGGGAGACUCGGGAGGAGCCUCCGCCGGGAGGGCGCCGGGCCGGCCGGGCCGGGAGGCGGCGGGCCGCUGUGGUCUCUGCCCAGGGCAGGGCCCGCCUGCCUCCUGCUCACCCCGCUCAGAGUUGGGCUCCCCGUGCUGCCCCCCAACCCGGCACAACCCCUCUGCCUAGGUCCCCCUGGGGGCACAGGCACGGUGUGCGCGUGGGGGCCCCCCUGGGAGGGGCUUCGACCGGAGACUUAGCAGCCAGAGCCCCCGCUCCGUCCACGCAGGCCUUGAAAAGAUCUUUUGAGGUCGAGGAGGUCGAGACGCCCAACUCCACCCCGCCCCGGAGGGUCCAGACGCCCCUGCUCCGGGCCACGGUGGCCAGCUCCACCCAGAAGUUCCAGAACUCGGAGCCGGCCGCCCGCCACGGAGACUCGCUCAGCCAGCGCUCCCCCAAGGCCGCCCUGCGGGGGGUCGAGCCCCCGGGACCCAGGCCCGAGCCCGUGUCCCGGCGCACGGAGCUGUCCAUCGACAUCUCGUCCAAGCAGGUGGACGGCGCCGGGACCGCCGGCCCGGCCCGCUUCGGGCUCAAGCGGGCUGACGUGCUGAGCCACAAGACGCCGGAGCCCGCGCCCCGGAGGACGGAGCUCACCCUGGCGAAGCCCCAGGAGUCGGCCCUCCGGAGGAUGGAGACCGCCGCCCCCAAGGCCCCCGAGGGGCCCGCGGCGUCCCCCGGCCCCGCCCCUCCUAUGUCCCAGGCACCGGGCUUCAGGCCCACUGGUCACCUGGAGCAGCCCGGGGCCCAGCAGGCGCUUCCCACACUGGGCGAUGUCCCCCAGUGUGCCCUCGGGGCGCUGUCUCUGAAGCGGCUCGGGCAGUCCCGCAUCUGA